UAAACACCGUUGGUGGAUCAGAUCGAGCACGGAUAGGCUGCAAAUUUAGCACUCCGGUACUUUGAUUAUUGGUCAGCAAAAGCUGAACAGUCAUGUCAUCUGAUAAUCAGGACACAGAGACGCAGACGGAACAGCUGGACGAGACUCAGGACACAAACUCAAACCCUGUUUGGACAGAGGAGGCCAAAUUGAAAGUCAAGUAUCCCAAUUUGGGACAAAAGCCAGGUGGCUCAGACUUCCUGAUGAAGAGGCUGCAGAAAGGGCAAAAGUAUUUUGACUCAGGAGAUUACAACAUGGCCAAGGCAAAGAUGAAGAACAAACAGUUGCCUGCUGCUGCUGGUCCAGACAAGAACAUCGUCACUGGGGAUCACAUUCCAACUCCUCAAGACCUUCCACAAAGAAAGUCCUCAUUGGUUACAAGUAAACUGGCCAGCUAACAUCCCCCAUAGGUUAAAAAAACCUCUUUCCAAACUUCCAAAAUGUUUCCCAAAACCUCCCCAGCCCCACCUGACUAGCUUCAUCAGGACUGGUUAUCUAUUAUUUGUUUAAUUGUUCAGGGUGUAGAGGUUUACUGCCCUUUCCCUUUCACUUCAAUAGGUCUCACUAACCCAAUAUCUCUGAUAUCCUUUGCAGUGUCCCACAUAGGGAAGGAAAAACUAAACACUCAGUUUUUCAAGCCCCAGUGGAGCAUGAUGCACUUUACUCUGUGUACCCUGUACAUCAGUAACAUUAAGAACAAAACCCUGAAGACUUCCUUAAAUGCUGUUAGAUGCUUUAAAAUAUUUAAUAUUAAUGUGUCAAAUUAUUCACAACUAAUGACUAUUUUAGAUCAUUUAAAGAGGCAUUGUUUUAUAGAUAUAAUACUUGACAGCCAUUGGUCCCAGAUGUACAUCAGCAGCCCUCUAAUCGCAGUAACACUUGAUAAAAGAAUGAAUGUUUUCUAAGAAUUUGUUAAUGAUCAGAUUAAUAUCGGUAAAGAGUAGGUGGGUAGUUGUAUAGUCUUUAUCCACUUGUCUACCUCUCACUCUUUAAGUAUGGCUCAGUUUAACCAAAUAACAGCUGCUUACAGACUGGAUUAUUUUACUAUUCACAGCCUUCACCCACCAAUCUGAGCUAGCAGUUACAACCAGCCAGAUUAUAUUAUUGUAAUCACAGUUUUUGGGUGUAAACAGUGACUAUUGUAAUUCACUGAUAAUAGACAAGAGCCAAAAUGGUCAUUAUAUGUGGCAUGAUAAUCAAAGGGGCUUAACAAUGUAUCUUGCCAUGGUAUAUGGUUUCUCUUUUUAAGCCUGAGCAUGCCUGUUUAUAACUGCAUAAAACAUUUUCAGUCUUUUUAGGUGUUUAUGAAAGGUAGUUGCUAAUAUUUUGAAUAGGCCAUUCAGUGUUCCUGUAAACAACUACAGCAGUGUAUUUAUUAAUAGGAUUAAUGUUUGACUAUUUUGUGAUAUCUGAUUCUUUUCUUAUGUAGUGUUAUGACCCCUUUGAUCAUCAGAGAUAAUAGGAUGUAAUCAUCUUGUUUAUCAUAACAAAUUGAGUCUGUUUGGUCCUAAACCCUGAUGUGAUAAGAGCUCAGUGAGUGUAAAUCCUGAGGACUAAGGUGCAGAAAAAUUACAAAAUAAUCUGGAUAGUAAUGUGUUUAUCUACUGAAUUUGCCAUUUGAAUUAGAUGUUCAAAUUACCCAUGGAUUGCGUUUACACCAUGAAACCUUCAUUUGUUGACAUUUAGCGUAGCAUCAUGUGAGAUUUAAGUUAUGAACAAGCAUAACACUUACUGAUGACUUUGGGGAAUAUUAUAUCUUUGACCUAUUUUUUCUUAUGUGGUCUUUAAAGAUAUACUCUACUCAUCUCUUAUUAAAGUGUCCUUCUCUCAAGGGCAUGAAUCAAUAAAACUCAGUUUGUUCUUCAAGGUUUAAAGAAGUCUGGACAGGGCUGUUUUAAAUCAUUUAUAACAUUGUAAUGGAACUUAAAGUAGUUUACCUACAUUUUUUUUUUUUAUACAAAUCUCUCAUCAUUUACUUAUCCUCUUGCCACCCCAGAUGUGUAUGACUGUCUUCCUUCUGCAAAACAUAAACAAAUAUUUUUAGAAGAAUAUCUCAGCUCUGUAGGUCCAGACAGUGCAAAUUAAUAGUGACCAAAACUGUAACGCUCAAAGGCCGCAUAAAGUAAUCCAUAAGACCCCAGUGGUUUAAUCCACAUCUUCUGAAGCAAUUCCGUCAGUUUUGUGUAAGAAUUACCCAAAGUUUAACUCCUUUUUCACUGUACAUCUUGCCAUUGCAGUCUCUAGGCACAAUCAUGAUUUAAGCUUGAUUACGCUUCCUAGAUUGCUGAUAUCAAGGUUUAUAGUUAAACAAUAGUUACAUUUUGGUCUGUUCUCACCCAAAACCAACCAGAUUGCUUCAGAAGACAUUGAUUAAACAACUGAAGUCAUAUGGAUUUCUUUGAUGCUGCCUUUAUGUGCUUUUUGGAGCUGAAAAGUUUUGGUCACCAUUCACUUGCAUUCUAGGACAAUAUAACUGAGACAUUCUUCUAAAAAUCUUAGUUUGUGUUCUGAAGAGGAAAGAAAGUCCUACAUCUGAGAUGGCAUGAGGGUGAGUAAAUGAUGUGAGAAUUUUCAUCUUUGGGUGAAAUAUAUUUUUAAUUGCUAAUUUAAUCAAGGCUGUAAGACUAUGUUAGUGGCAUGUGUCUAUAUGUGAGCAACUACCCUCACUGAUUAAAUCUACUCUAAACUCUGUGUGGGUUGUUCCAGGAUUUGCAUUGUCUAAUUGAAAAGAGGAGUUGUCCCUUCUAAAAUCUAAGUUUUACCUGCACAUGGCCUGGAGAUUUAAAAAAAAAAAUUGCGUAACCAUGUUAUGUUACCAAAAACAUGUAUAUUACUGCAUGUUAUUCUAAAAAAAUAUGUAACUAUAAGGGGAUUUACUAGGGAUUGAAUGUGUUUUUAUUCUUUCCUUUAAAUAAGGUUAUGGUGCUGGUGGAAGUUGGCAAUACAUAAGGGAAAUAUGAUAUCUUGCACUUAGUAUUUGUGACUUGAUGGUAUGUGUGGAUGUACAAUGUUUCCUUUGAGGAAUGCGUUAUUGCACAAUGCUAGGAUAAUCUUAUUUGUGCUGCAGCCAAAUUGUAAAUAGUUAAACUGCAUUUGGUGUAAUAUUUGUGCAUUUGUCUUGCAUUAUCAGACUUUGUUUUCUUUAGAAAAUAGUCUUACCAAUAUUCACUAAGUUUGUGUAUUCUUUCUUCUUUGUUUAUGUAGGGUGUCUGAAUAUCUUCCACACACACACACACUCUCUCUCUACUUUGCAAUGCAAAAUAAUGUCAAGAAUAUCUCCAGUUGGCCUAGUGUCAGUAUCUUAUGUAAAUAUGGGGGUUAAGGAUUUUUGGAUUGUAAUAAAGAAGGUUUUUAAUGGAUUUGAUCAGACAGCUCGCUGAACUAAAUACUACCUUGAUGUGAAACCUUCCACUACAUCGCAAUGUGAUAUUCCUUGUAACUAAAUAUAUGAACUCUAAACUUGAAACGCAAGGCUCUAUAAACAUAGACACACAAGCAUGUAUUCAUGACUUACCUACUUUAAGAAGCAUUUUGUGUUAUAUCAUUUUUGUGCCCAAUUUAUAAAAGCAUUAUUGUUUCAGAUGUUUUGAUUGAAUUAUUUGUGUUUAAAAAGUGAUUUUUCCAGAGGUUACAGUGUCAUCUGGGCAGUUACAAAUCAUAUUUACAUGGAAAGAUGAUGACUUGCAAAGUCCAAAUAAAUGUUGGAGCAAUGUCUGAACCUCAAAUAAAGUUUUACAUAAAUA